ACAAAAGCCAUAGUAUCCCCAUACUAUAAAGAUGAUGUCAAAAUGAAUAAUAUGCUUCUAUCAUCUCAUAUAACCUCAUAUGUUCUUCCAAAAAAUUUCAAUAGAAAAUACAAUGUCUCUAUCCAAGCUAGAACUUGUGCAGGAUUUGGAACAGAGUCAAAGGCUGUUGGAAAAUGUGCUACCGAUACCAAUGCACCAUCCAACAUUCAAGCACCUUCAACCAGAAGUGAAAUAACUAAUUCUGGAAUAUUGGAAUUUUCAAUUCACGUUCCAGAUGAAACUAAUGGUCCUAUAAGUUGUUACUUUAUCAUCGUACAAGUGAACAAAACAAGCAACACUAGUGCUGGUUUUAACAAUGCACGAAUGAGUAAACUGAAUAAUUCAGAAAUCGAAGAUGAAUACAUUGCAAUAGCUUUGAACAGAACCAGUAAACAGAAUCAUGCAUAUGUAUAUACAACAUGCUACGCCAUAAGCCAAGCAUUCUGGAAUACAUAUUUUCCUUAUAAAGCGUUGGGCAUAACCGUCCGAAAAUAA